CGCCCAUUCCAAGGCCCUCACAGUAAAGACCUUUGAGGGUCUGGCCAGUCCUGACGAUUCCCCACACAGACGCCUGGCUCCGUGGCUCACUUGCUUGCCAAACAGAAAACACAGAGAAAAAAAACGAAGAAAAAUCACCCCAAAUACCCAGAUGAAGGCAGUGACGUUAUGUGUGUUGGGGGCGGUCCUGGCAGGGGGCGUCCUAGGAGACCUGAAGCCCCCUGAAAGGUCUUACAAGAUCCUCAUGCUCCUUCCCAUGUCUUCUAAGAGUCACAGAAACGUGUUCAUGCCCCUGGCCGAGGCUCUGGCGAACCGCGGACACAAGAUAGUGAUGGUGAGCGGCCUGCCACCUGCCUCCAAACACCCGAACAUCCUGGAGAUCAACCACGAAAUGCAGCACAUGAACGAAAGCACCAAAAACAUGUUUGACCUUAGGAAGGGUUCAGGAAGAGACUUGAGCAUGUUUACGACGUUCCUACCAGCGAUGGCCCGUGACAUGUACAAGGUGCCAGCUGUAAGAGAACUGUACGAGAAAAGGAAAGAUUUUGACCUCAUUGUUAUCAACCACAUGUUCAACGAGUUCGCCUACCCGUUCGCGCAUGAGGUUCUCUUCAUCACGGUGGCCACGCCCGGGAUAGACUUCCGUCAGAGUGCCGUGCUGGGUAACGUACUCAACCCCUCCUACGUGCCCAACAUGGUGCUGAACUUUCCCAGCCCCAUGUCCCUGUCGUACCGCGUCCGCAACACACUCAUGCAUAUCUGGAUGCCAUUCCUCUGGAGGAACUGGGCUGUGGUGCCGCUUAUACAGAAAGAGAUCUCAGCCCAGUUCCCAGACCUGCCGCCGCUGCUGGAGAUCGAGAGGAACCAGAGUCUGACACUGAUGAACACUCACUUCAGCAUCACCACGCCGGUGCCCCUCCUGCCCUCACAAGUGGAGGUGGGCGCCAUGCACUGCCGCCCCGCCAAGCCGCUGCCGCAGGACUUGGAGGCGUGGAUCGCGGGCGCGGGCUCUGCGGGUGUCAUCUACUUCAGCCUGGGCUCUAUAGCCCGCGGGGAAACCAUGCCGCCCCAGUACCGGCAAGCAUUCGUGGAGGCCUUCCGCAGACUGCCACAGCGGGUGCUGUGGAAGUACGAGGGGGAGCUGGAGGGCGUGUCUGACAACGUGAGGAUCAGCAGCUGGCUGCCCCAGCAGGACGUUCUGGCUCACCACAACGUGAAGGUGUUCAUCUCCCACGGCGGCCUGCUCAGCCUGCAGGAGUCCGUGUAUCACAACACGCCCCUCCUCGUCCUGCCCAUCUUCGGGGACCAGCCCAAGAAUGGCAUGUUCGUGGAGAACUCUGGUCUGGGCCACAUGUUGGUGUGGGAGGAGCUCACCGCUGACAGCAUCGUGGACGCCCUCACCGACAUCGUGAGCAGCCCAAGGUACAAGGACAAGGUGGCCGCCAUGUCGGCGUCCUUGAGGGAUCAGCUGACGACGCCGCAGGAGCGUGCUGUGUUCUGGACGGAGUACGUGAUACGCCACCGGGGGGCGCCCCAGCUGAGGUGCCCCGCCGCCCAGCUCUCCUGGGUGGAGUUCCUCAUGCUGGACGUGUUGGGCCUCCUGCUGCUUGCGCUGCUGCUGCUGCUGUUCCUCGUCCGCCGUCUCUUGCGCGCUGUCUCCGCAGCACUCCUCGGCGGCGGCGGCAAGAAGAAGAAGGACUAACGGAGAGACAAAUUUAGACUUACUAGUAGGUUUAUCAUCUUUGCUGUCUGUAGUGAUUGUUGUCAAGAAAAUAAUGCUGACAACUCUGGACGUGAUUAAAAGCUUCUUAUAAAAUU